AUGUCCGACCAACAACAACAAGGCCAGGGUCAGGAGGACUACGCCGACAAAGGUCUCGACGCUGUUGAGAAGAAGGAGGGAGUUCCCGAGAACCGUGGCGUCAACGAGAAGAUCACCGACACUGCUCGUGAGGGGUUCGAGUCUGCUACUGGCGACAACGUUCCCAGCAAGGUUUCCAACUAG